CUUCAUUAGGCUACUCUGGAGAGCUGUCUCUCAUUUCUGUCUGUCUCUCUCUCUCUCUCGCUCUCUGUCAUUCUCUCUGCACCUCUCGUGCUCAGCCUCGUGUAGAACAGGAGCCAGCGAUAAGCCCAUGACCGUUGAACGAGCGAUGUCAGGGUCCCACUGAGAAGUCAGGAGGUGGACGAAUGUUUAGCCUUGAAACAUGGAAGACUAUCGAAGCACAGAACAAGGCCCAAAGAAGGAGGCUGAGGUCGCAAGAUUUCCCUUCCAGCGGCAACCUCCCUGGAUCCUCAGCAUUUUGUUUGCAGUGCAGCAUGUGUUGGUGCAGACGGCCCUCUUGCAGACUGUCCACUGCCUCCUCAUCGAUGCCCUCCCUUCGGAUCAGACUGCUCGCCAACAUGGCUACCAAUUCAUGGCCACCAGCCUCUUUGCCUCUGGCAUCUCCACUUUGCUGCAAACCACGCUGGGCAGCAGAUUACCACUGGUCCAAGCACCAUCCUUCGAAUAUUUGAUCCCUGCCAUAACUCUCGUCUCAUCACCCGCAGAGACCAAUAGCAGCCAUCAUAACGGUUCGGAUGUGGCCUUACUCUGUGAAGGAGCUCAGUGCCCAGAGACAGACCUCACACUGAGGAAGUGGAAAAGCACCUUGUGUGAAGUACGUGGCGCCAUCGUUGUUUCGGGAAUUCUACAAGUGUUCCUGGGAUUUUCGGGACUGCAGGGCCUGGUGUUCCGACAUUGUGGUCCCAUGGUGCUGGCUCCCAUGCUGUCAAUAAUUGGCCUGUCCUGCUACAAAGAGGUGGCACAUUUCAGCUCAUUGCACUGGGGUGUGACUGCUCUGUUGGUCCUCCAGGUGAUGCUCCUGUCCCAACAUCUAUGCAGCUGCCACAUUCCCAUUUGCAGGUGGAAGAGAUCCAAAGGCUUUGUUGUCGAGACCUACUUCCCGCUUUUCAGGAUAUUUUCGCUCCUGCUGCCUAUCUUAAUCCUAUGGACUUUGUGUGGGAUCCUCCAGGAAGGAAAUAUCCUGAAUCCCUACCCACCGGGAGGCUCUCGAGGGAUUCUUCAAAGCAAUGGCACAGGCCUGGUGCCCUGGUUCAAUGUGCCAAUCCCAGGCGAGUGGGGUGCCCCUACGAUCAACGUCCGGUCAACCUACACCGGAGUCAUCAUGGCGCUGGGCACCAGUAUCGGUUCGCUGGGGUGCUACGUGAUGUGUGCGAAGGUAAUGGGCUGUCUGCACCCCCCUCGAGAUGCUGUUAACCGGGGGAUUUUCCUGGAGGGACUGGGAAGCUGCGUUGGCGCAUUCUUGGGAGGGAUCACCGCAACGUCUUCCAGUGUGGCCAACGUCGGAGCGUUGGCACUCACCCAGGCUGAAUCCCGGCAUUCUGUUCAGAUUGCAGCCGUGCUCUGUAUCCUGCUCGGAAUGUCAGCCAAGUUGACAUACGUUCUAACAACCAUCCCAGCUGCCGUUCAUGGUGGGGUCCUCAGUGUUACUUACACGAUGGCGGUGUCUGUCGGAAUCUCAUAUUUCCAGUACACAAACAUCGACUCUGGUCGGAAUAUCUUCAUCAUUGGAUUUACUAUGUUCAUGGCACUACUCACCCCUCACUGGUUCAUCCGCAACCCAGAUUACAUUGUAACAGGUGUGGAGAGUGUGGACAUUUUUCUGAUGGCUGUGUUCAUGAUGCCCGUCAUUCAAGGAGGGAUUCUUGCCUUUCUCCUGGAUAACACUGUUACAGGAACCUUGGAGGAGCGGGGUUUGGUGACUUGCUUCCCUAGUUUCAAACCUAAGCCGAAAGAUGUAAUCAAGGUUUAUCAGCUUCCGCCUGCCCUCCAGAGGUACCUCUGGGUGAAGUCCUUCCCCCUUUGCAACCUAUGCCCCAGCUCAGAACCGACAGAGGAAUGUGUGGCAGAGAGACAGGAGACUAAGAGCUUACUCCCAACUCCUGAGGUUCUCGCAAGCGGAGGGGAGGUAGGGGCUGUCGACUCCUCCAGGUUUGGGGUGGUCCUUUCAGAAACCGAAGACUGACACCGUUGGGAAUAAAACCCCAGGAGAGAAACUAACCCAUAGCAUCAUUAAAGCAAAACUUAUUUUUUAACUUUCA